AUGGUGGGGCAAACAAUGCUGCAAUUAGCUAUAGGUAAACGAAAUGAAAUGAUCGUGGAUAUCAUAUGUAAAGCAAGUGAAGAUGGAAUUAGCGAUCUAGUUGAUACGAAUGAUAUAGAGGGAAACACUGUCCUGCAUUACGCUGCCAAGUUAGCACCUUUUGAUCAUCUUAAUACGAUCUCUGGAGCAUAUCUUCAGAUGCAACGGGAACUGCAGUGGUUUAAGGUUAAUAAAGUUCUGCAUUCUAUGUCUGACCGUCUUUGUGCACGGGUUGAAAAUAUGAUGCUUGAGAAAAAUAAGCUCAAGAGAAAUGGGAAUGGGGAUACAGCUCACCAUAUAUUUAUGGAGGAACACAAAGAGUUAAUGGAAAAAGGAGAAAAACUGCUGAAGGAUACAUCUGGGUCGUGCAUGCUAGUAGCUGCCCUUAUUGCUACAGUAGCAUUUGCAGCUGCUUUUACUGCACCUGGUGGUAACGUCAGUGAUAGUAACAGCACAAAAAAUGGCACCCCAGUUUUCUUAGAUAAGACUUCAUUUACACUUUUUGCGGUAGCAGAUGCCACAGCGUUAUUCUCUUCUGUCACAUCAGUACUCAUGUUUUUGACCAUAUAUACUUCCCGGUACGCGGAAGUUGAUUUCUUGAAGUCAUUGCCACGAAAGUUGAUAGUGGGACUUGUAACUCUCUUCAUAUCUAUGGCCACCAUAUUGGUUGCAUUUGGUGCUUCAUUGUAUAUUGUGUUUGGAGAAAGGUAUUCAUGGGCUGCGAUUCCUAUAGGGUUGUUCAGUUGUGUUCCUUUGACAUUAUUUGCAUCAUUGCAGUUACCACUGUUUUUUGAAAUGGUUCGUUCCACGUACUGGAGUAGCCCGCUUCAAAAACAUAGAUAUAUCCCCAGCCAACAGUUCAAUACAAAGAAAGAUAGCUGA